UGAGCAGUCAAGAGGGGCGGGCCGAUGACGCAAAGGCAACAGGUUGUUUCGGAAAAAACGCACUGACAGUUUUGCAUGGACUAUUCAUCCUCGUUCUCAACUAGGAGUUUUUUAUAGCGACUGAACCUAGAAAGGGCUUCUUUAUUAUUUUGUGCCUUCUGAAGGUCAUUGUUGAAGGUUUCGGAAAACAGCAGGUCACAAUGAGUUCCCUCUCAGCAGACAGGAAGCCCCCUCUGGACUAUGGUGUACAGAUCCGCUUCAUCAAAGAUUUGGAUGACGCUGGCGGAGGGUUCCCAGACAGGAGUCGAAUGGCUGGUGGAGUUGGUGGUGUCACUAACGGGACUUCGCCAUCUAAGUAUGGAGUAGCUGUGCGGGUGCAAGGCAUUUCAGGACAGCCGUACGUAGUGCUCAAGGAUGGAGAAAAGGGGGACUCUUACGGGGUACAGCUGAAGACCCAACCACAAAUGCAGAGCUCAGCCCCAGUUAUCUCUCAGACUUCUCCGUACAGCACCCUGCUUCUGGGACAAAGGGAAGGGGCUCGGACCCCCCAGGGUUCCUAUAUUCCGGCUGAACAACCUAGCUCUCCUGAUGAGGAAUUUGGGAGCCCCUUAAGGAGGCCACCUGGUGAUGGACAGGCAGGGAUUCAGGGAGAAGCUGAGGCCAGGACUACAGGACGCCUCACCCCUUCUGCUCUUGCUCCUAAGGUGGACAAAAAGGGCGAUGAUGGUUUUAACGAAGCAGGGCUUAGGAAGGUCAGGCAGAAUGGGACUGGGAGUAGUCUGAAUGGGACAGGGCUAAAUGGAUCGUUCCCUCCUCCCCCAGCCUCGUUGGAAGAGGACCAAGCCCCAGCUAUAGACACCAAGUCACUGGCUCCCAUUAAUAAACUCAUUAGCCGGUUUGGUGGUGGUAGUUCUGGUGAUGUACCCAACUUAGAAGCCCGAACUCGGCCUCAUCUUGAUAAACGAGUUCGGUCUCACAGCGCGGAUGCUCUCAACACACCUACUGAUGAGGCCCCACAAACUUCGCCAACAAUAAACCCCUAUGCUCCUAUUGCCCCAGCUGCAGUGCCCAAACUCAGCUCAGCGAAACCAUCAACCGGCAGUCUAGGACGAGACUCCACAUCUGUGGCUAAAGUGGCCGCUAUCCCCAAUUCUAAACCUCUCACUUUUAGCCAAUCACCAAAGCUGUUUGUGCCCAAGGAGGCACCACCUGCUAUACCAAAGAAACCAGUAACACCUGACCUCAUAAAGAGCCAGACCACCAGUACAGAGAAUGGAAAUGGAGAGGAUGCCCAGACCAAACAAGCCAUUUACAACAUACUUAAAGAGGGGUCUAUUGAGAGUGAGGCAGCCAUCAAACGCAAAACGAGUCUCAUUCAUGAAAGGUUCUGUGAGGUGAAGAGUCCUCAGAUCUUAGUGGCUGACAGCAAUAUGAAGACUGAACUGGAGCAGGAAUUCAACAAGAACACACAAUUACAGCAACUACUCGACAAGACCAAGAGAGAACUGCAGGAAAACCAGGACCAAAUGGUGGAGCUGCGGAUGGAUAGGGAGGUGGCGGAGUCUCGCUUACGGCAGCAGGAAGAUCAGCUAGCUCAGCUCCAGGAGGAACUCAGACGAAUGAUGGAAAACUCACCUCAGUCUGACACAAUGCAGCUAGACUUGAUGACGGUGCAGGCAGAGCUGUCUGAGUCUCAGAUGCUGAGGCAGAAACUGGAGGACACACUGAGACAGAGGGAGCGAGAACUCACCGCACUGAAAGGGGCCCUGAAGGAUGAGGUAGAGUCCCAUGAUAAAGAGAUGGAGGCCCUGAGAGAGCAGUACAGCCAAGACAUGGACACCCUGCGUCACAGCAUGGAGACUGUCUCACAGUCUCAGAUGGAAAUCGAGGAGGAGCGUCAGAAGGUGAACGCCUCCAUCUUGGCUCUGGAGGAGGAGCUGGAGGGAUACAAAGAGCAGAGCGAACAAUGGAAGGAGCAGUUUAGCUCCGCCAACCGAGAACGAGGGCAGUGCAGCGCAUUUCAAAAGCUGCUGCAGGCUCAGCAGGAAAAGAAGAAACUAGAAGAAAAGCUGCUCGCAGUUAAGAAGCAAACUGAUGAAACCGAUUCAAACCCUUUAAUGAAGGAGUUACAGCAGUGCCGAGAUGAUUUAAAGAAAGCUCAUUCAGAAGUGGAAAAAAAGAAAGCAGAGGUAGCAAAAAAGGAAGAAGAGCUAAAAUCAGCAACAAGAGCCAAUGAGAAGCAAGAGAAGGAGCUGAAGGCAGAGAUUGACAGACUAAAAGACCAAUUACAGAAAGACAAAGAGGAACUUGCUAAAGCACUGGAGAAAACACAACAGCCCUUCAUGUCAGAGCAAUCUCUGGAUACUGGAAGCAACCUAGAACUUCAAGAGGCCAAUGCUCGCUUGAGAGAGAGAAUAGCCCGCAUGACACGCCUGCAGUCCAGCGUUCCUGACAGCAGCUCCUCAGAUGUUCUGGAGGAGGAGAACCGGAGCCUGAGGAACCAGCUGGAGGAGUCCCGCCGCACAGUGUCUCGGCUGGGUCAGGAGAAAGACGAGCUCAACAAACGGUUGGAGGAGAGGGAGAGAGAGAGGGAAGCUCUGAGACGCAGCAAGAGUGACCUAGAGGAGCAGAAGAGACUGCUGGACCGAUCUCUGGAGAAGAUUAAUAAGGAGAUGGAGUCUAUGAUGGGAGAUUCGCGUCAGUCGGUGCAGGUUCUUCAGUCUCAGCUGGAUGAAUUCAGGGAUCGUUCUCGUCGAGAGCUGCAGGACACUCAGAGACUCAGUAAAGACAGGCUGAUUGAGCUACAGAGAGCGCAGGCCCUCCUCAAGACCACCCAGGAGGAGGUGUCUCGUCUGAAGAAAGAUCUGCUAUCGUGCUCAGAGGAGAGGGACAGCGCUCAGCUGGAUAAAGAUCUACUGAGCAGUCGUCUCAAACACCUGGAGAAUGAGCUGGAGACGGAGAGAAGCUCACAGACGGACCGCAGCAGAGAGAUCCGCCUGAUAGAGGACAAAGUGAAGACAUUAGAGAUCGAGUUAGACGAGGAGAAGAGUGGAACGGAGCUACUGAACGAACGCAUCACUCGCAGUCGAGAACAGGUGGAUCAGCUUCGUUCUGAACUGAUGCAGGAGCGUUCAGCCCGACACGAUCUUGAGAUGGAUAAGAGUGCACUGGAGAGACAGAUAAAGGAGUUAAAGUCUCGUAUAGCUGAUAUGGGCACUCAGGCGCGUCCCUCUUCUGGGGUCACGAUGCUAGAACACAAGGUUCAGGAGCUGGAGGACCGUUUGCGCAGUGAAGAGAGAGAGAAAAACACCAUUCUAGCAGCUCAGAGGAGAUUGGACAGGAAACUUAAGGACGUGACGGCCACCCUGGACCAGGAACGAAGUCAGCACGCUGAACAGAGAGACCAGCUGUCUCUGCGAGUGAAGGCUCUGAAGCGUCAGGUGGACGAGAGCGAGGAGGAGGUGGAGCGUCUAGAGGGCGUCAGACGGAAGGUUCUGCGGGAUCUUGAGGAGCAGCGGGAGCUGCGGGAGGCGCUGCAGGCCAAAGUCAACACACUGGAGAACGAGCUCAAGAGGAAGGUUCAGCAAUCACGGCGUCCAACUCUGGGAAGCGCCUUGAGUUCUGAGGAAGAGGACAGUUACUCUGACUCAAGAAGCAUCACGUCUAUUCUCACAGAAACGCCACUUCAGACCACCAACUGUUGAAGACUGAACGAGAGAAAAUACCUUUUGCACACGUUUGAUUUGUGUUUUCUUGUAAAUGUAAAAAUAACAAAUAUGGAUCAUAUGUAUUAAAGGCAUGAAGGAUACAAAUGACAUGAAUUCAGCAUAGUCUGAAAAGCUGUUGUGGACUGCUAGCCUUUUCAACAGGAAGUGAUGUCAGGUGUCUUUGACAGGGGUUGAUGGGUUAGACUGGUUUGAGGGCCACUAAAGCUGUUGGUGUGAAGAUUUGUCAACCAAAAGCUCCUUUAGUGUUGUUUUUGCUGAAACUGGUUAAUUCUGAAGGAAAUUUGUUUUUUGUUCUUGAUUCUGUCAUGUUGUUGGUUUGUGACUCGCAGUACAUUUUAUUUCUAUAUUUUAUUUCUGUAAAAUGUGGUUUGGAUUAAGGAUUCUAACAUUCUUAAUCAUAUUACCAAAAUUCCAAAUGGUAAUGGAAAAAAAUAUCAAUGAAUUGUAUCUUUUAUACAUGGAAACUUUAGUUCUAAAUUAUUUUGAAUCCUUAAAAAGAAAUUUCAGAUGAAACAGUCGCAAGUGUUCGCCCUAUCAUCUUUAGUGUUAUGCACUAGUACGAAUAAUAAUGAAGGAUAUUUAUAAGGCUUCUUUUUGUGUUGCUUUCAAGCAAGUUUUCAUUCAACUUGCAAUAUGAAUGAGACCUUUUGUGCCAAGACAGAAAAAGGAAAACAUUAUUUGAUGUUACGGCUUCAAAAAAUAUAUAUAUUUGCCUUCAAUUUUCAUACAUUUAGACAGCUAAUAAUACUUAAGCUGCUUUUUUGUCAUUUUUCCAGAGACAUAGGUUCUACUGUAUAUUCAGAUUUAUCAGUAUGUAUUUACCUGAUAAUAAGCAAUUUGCAACUCUUAAAGAACUGAUUUGUUAAACAAUUUCAUAUUACACUGUACAAUAUUAGAUAUGUAUAUACUGUCCUGUGUUAAAAGUUUAUUCUUCCAUUACACAGUAAAAGUUUUAAAGUACUUGAACUUUU